AGCAGCACUCCCUGAGGGCUCUCCAGACUGAAAUCCACGUCCAGCCCAGCACCUCCGAUCACCUGGGGGGGCAGGAGGAGCUGGCAGCAAGCCGUGGGCCACCCUAGCCUCCGCCAGAUUUCCUGACCAAACGCGGGAGGAGAGAUGCUCUGGAUUGUUCUGCUGUUUGCAGCCGGCUCCGUGGCGAUCCCGGCGCCAUCCAUCAUGCUGGUGCCCCCACACCCCAGCAGUCAAGAAGACCCCAUCCACAUCUCGUGCAUGGCCCCCAGGGGCUUCACAGGGGCGAAUUUUACGCUGUACCAAGAUGGGGAGGUGGUGGAGCUCCUGAAAGCCCCCAAGGACCAGCUCAGGGUCAUCUUCAACCUGAGCGGUGGCAGCAGGGAGGUUCGAGGGGGACCGUUCUGCUGCCAGUAUAGUGUGCUUGGUGAGAAUAGGCAACCCCAGCUGUCAAACCUCAGCGAGCCUGUGCACGUCUCCUUCCCAGUGCCCACCUGGAUCCUGGCACUCUCCUUGAGCCUGGCUGGAGUCGCUCUCCUCCUCUUUGGACUGGUGACCAUUGCCCUGAUCAUCAGGAAAGUUAAAGUAAAAAACUUGAACAAGAAACGAGAGCGAGAAUCCUGCUGGGUUAACAUCGCCACCACAGACAUGUCCUUCGACAACUCCUUGUUUACCAUCAUGAAAAUGACUUCAGAAGAAGAUGCAGCCAACCUGGAUGCUCCUUCAGGCUCCACUGAGACACCUGGACCCCGGAAGAGGCCCACCUCCACGUCAUCCUCACCUGAGCCCCCUGAAUUCAGCACAUUCCGGGCCUGUUAGAGGAGCCCCUCUCUCUGUCUGCAUGCCCUCUGUUCAGCCCUCCGCCUGGAGCUGGCCAGGCUGUGCAGGGCCUCAGGUUGCUCCAGCUACUUUGAGGACUUCUGGCUGCUGCUUUCUCAGGGAACUGAACAGAAGGGACAAAGGGGAUCCCUGGCCUUGGGGCCUUCCUCACCGAGAAGCAGGAGUGGGAGAGAGGGGUGAAAGCAUUGA